AUGGUCUCACUACUUACUAUUUCGCUACUAGGCACCAUGGCUUUAGGAUUUUUUGGUGUUAUCCCCCCACUAAAGUUUUACGUCCGAGUCUUUGUCUACCUUCUACUCAUUGUCAUCUCAGCACUUUAUGGCGUUGUUUCUUCCAUCAUUUUCACGCUCACCGGCUACCAGGGCCUGUCGCAAUGGUCUACUGCACGUGUCUUUUACUUUUUGUGCCAUCACAUUUUGGGAAUUACCGUCAUCAUUAAGAACCCUAAAAAUCUUACAAUUAGACCUGCCGUCUUCAUCUCAAACCAUCAAUCUGAACUAGACAUUCUGCUAUUGGGUGCAACUUUUCCCAAAUAUUGUUCAGUCACUGCUAAAAAGUCUCUUAAAUAUUACCCCUUCCUUGGUUGGUUCAUGACCCUCUCCGGAUCUGUCUUCAUUGACCGUGUUAAUCGUACAAACGCACUCAAGGCCUUUGAAGGUGCCAUCAAGCAGGUCAAACGUGUAAACCAAAGUGUUUUCAUUUUCCCAGAGGGAACCCGCUCAUACUCUCUUACCCCAACUCUCUUGCCCUUUAAGAAGGGAGCUUUCCACUUUGCUACUCAGGCCGGUAUCCCCAUUGUUCCUUAUGUCAUUAGCAACUAUUCCAAAAUCUUUUCCUUCAAGACCCGUACUUUUGAGUCGGGUAUCAUUGAAGUCGAACUUCUUGAUCCUAUUGAUACCACUUCUAUUAAGGCUGAAGAUGUCGGUGCUCUCUGUGAAAAGACUCGUGAAAAUAUGCUUGCUGUUGUUGAAAAGCUUCAAUAUGGACCUCAAACCCCACAAGACAAAAAGACUAAAUAA